AUGGCAGACAAAUUUGAUACCGCAGCUCAAAUAGUCCAGAGCCUGCCCAAGGAUGGCCCCGUGCAGCCUACGGUAGAAGACAAGCUCUUAUUCUAUGGCUGGUACAAGUCGGUGAAGGUAGGAGCCGUCGACCAUACACGUCCCCGGUUAAUGGACUUUGAAGGAAAGGCCAAAUGGGAUGCAUGGAAUGCUGCUCAGACGACUCCUACAAAUGAAUGCAAGAGAUUAUACGUGCAGAAGCUCAUUGCGGUAAUGCUCCCUUCUCGCCCCAAAGACGAGGCUUGA